AUGCCGGGUGUACGAGACAUCAGCGCCGACGCAUUCAUCACCGCCUACGCGUCCCACCUCAAGCGCUCAGGCAAGCUCGAGGUCCCUAUCUGGGUAGAUCUCGUUAAGACCGGCGCGUACAAGGAGCUUGCCCCUUAUGACCCAGACUGGUUCUACGUCCGUUCCGCUGCCGUUGCCCGACACAUCUACCUCCGAAAGCACGUUGGUAUUGGUCAACUUGCCAAGCUUCAUGGUGGCCGAAAGCGUAGGGGCAACCGCCCAUCACACCACGGUGAUGGUAGCACCAACGUCCAGCGCAAGGUUUGCCAAGCGCUAGAGAAGAUCGGUGUUCUUGAGCUCGGUCCCGAUGGUGGACGCCGAAUCUCCCAGGAUGGUAUGCGUGAUCUUGACCGCAUUGCCACUGCUGUCGUGGAGGCCGCAAAAGAGGAGGAGGAAGAGGAAGAGGAGGCAGGCGAGGAAGAGGAGGAGGAGUAA